CCCGAUGCUCGAACCAUGUCGAGACGCAAGCAGGCGAAACCCCAGCACAUCAACUCUUCCGAAGAGCCCCAGCAGCUUCCAGAUGCGGCAGCCUGCUCUUCGGUUGGCGCCUCCUCCUCAGCUACGACCCCGGCUGCCGCCGCAGCAGAGCACGGUGGUCCACCAAAUUGCCCUGGAGAUGGAGAGGGAAUAAGAGGAAGAGUUAAACGAUGUCGAACUGAGGAAACUAAUGUCUGUGAGAAAUGCUGUGCAGAGUUCUUCAGCCUUUCCGAAUUCUUGGAACAUAAAAAAAAUUGCACUAAAAAUCCACCUGUCUUAAUCAUGAAUGACAGUGAGGGGACAGCACCUCCUGAGGUCUUUACAGAAGUUACCCCAGCCCCAUCAGAGAAUUUUCCAAUUGAUCGUUUGGAAAGCCAGGGCAGUAAAGAUAGUCGUUUAAAGAAUUGCACUGGUUCUGUGGACAAGAAAGAAAAGUCUGGUGGGGAGGCAGGGACCUAUCUCAAAACAGAGCCCACAACUCCUGCUGCACCCCAUGGGAUAAGCUAUUUACCAAAAGGCAAAGUUCCCAACACUAAUGUGACUUUACAAACACUACGGGGGACCAAGGUAGCUGUGAAUCAGAGGAGUGCUGAUGCUGUGUCUUUACCAGUCCAAGGCUUUGGCACCUUCCCCAUGAUCCUGGAACAGCUAAUGAGUCUCCAGCAACAACAGCUUCAGCAAAUCCAGCUUACUGAGCAGAUCCGUGUGCAAAUGACAAUGAUGGCCACCAGUGGUCAGCACCCAUCAGUAUCUCAUGGCUCUGACCCUUUGAAAACACUGGGCACUCAUAUGUCCCAGCACCUCUCCACUGCUUUGGCUUUAGUUGGACAAAAGGCUGGAAGCCAGAGCCUGUCGCUGGAAUCCUUGAAACAAGGUAAACUACCUCAUGCCAAUAUAGGCAUCCCAACUGCUGGCUCAGUGGCCUCUGGGCUGCCAUCUUUCUCUUUAAAGCCUGAUGCAAACAGGAUCCUUCCUAACUCAAUGUCUCGUCUUCCAAAUCCUUUACUACCUCAAUCAUCAGGCUCGGUUCUUUUCCAGAACCCUUUCCCUUCAGUGUCUUCUGUGUUGGACCCAUCCAAGAAAGGGAAGGGGAAACCUCCCAACAUCACUGUUUCUGAGAGCAAACCAAAUGCUGAGGAGCCCUUCUUCAAGCACAAAUGCAAGUUCUGUGGCAAGGUGUUUGGAAAUGAUAGUGCCUUGCAAAUUCAUCUCCGUUCCCAUACUGGGGAGAGACCAUACAAAUGCAACAUCUGUGGCAAUCGCUUUACCACUAAGGGGAAUUUGAAGGUUCACUUCCAGCGCCAUAAAGACAAGUAUCCCCAGAUAAAAAUGAAUCCCCACCCAGUCCCUGAACACCUGGAUAACCUGACAAGUACCAGUGGGAUCUCAUGUGGGAUACCUGUACCAAUGGAUGAAUCGAAUCUGAUUGUAGACAGCAAACCUCCCCUGACCACCGGGACCCCUCCCCUAGGCUUACCUAGCCUGUCUUCUCUGACCCCCAAAGACUCAGUUGGUGCUUUUCCCAAUGAUCUACCAUCCAGGCCUUCUCCAGAGAGUGAAGGGGGUUCUACAUCUUCUGGUAUGGCCAGUCAAGAAUCUGGGACAGAGCAGAGUUCCCCACAGGCUGGUAGUAGCAUUGGUGGUUUCUCAGGCAGUGGCACCACUGAGCAGGGGUCUGAGACUUUGAAGUUACAACAGCUGGUAGAAAACAUUGAUAAGGCUACCAGUGACCCCAAUGAAUGUAUCAUCUGUCAUCGAGUUCUAAGCUGCACAAGCUCUUUGAAAAUGCAUUAUCGCACUCACACUGGGGAGAGACCAUUCAAAUGUAAGAUCUGUGGAAGGGCCUUCUCCACAAAAGGCAAUCUUAAGACUCAUUAUGGAGUUCACCGAGCCAACACCCCUUUAAAAAUGCAACAUUCUUGCCCCAUUUGCCAAAAGAAAUUUACCAAUGCAGUAGUGUUGCAGCAACAUAUCCGAAUGCACAUGGGUGGCCAGAUUCCUAACACCCCUAUGCCAGAGAAUUCCUGUGACCAUGUUGAUAUGGAUCCAGCUAUUAUCAAUGAGAAAAAUGGAGAUGCCAUUGUUGAUUGCAUUGAUGAGACAGUUGAAAGCAUUGUUGAUAUGGAAGACUUGGACUCCCAAGAUGUUCCUAGUGGUUCAUCUAAGCCAUCUACUCCAUUUACUGAUACUCAGUCAGAAACACCAGCUGUGGCAUUUACCAGCAUCUCAGUAUUAGAGGCCCCAGGGAAAAUGGGCAAUCCAUCUCUGAGCCUUCAGCGGCAGAGUAGUCUGAAGUCAAGUUCGGCAGAUAGUGAUGGCAUGACCAAUGACUCCUCAUCUGUAAUAGGAGAUCAAGAUUAUCAAAAUGGCCGAAGUCCAGAGUCCGCAUUGUUCCAAGCAUUAUCCCCUACAAAUAGUCAAGCUGAAAGUAUUAGGUCCAAGUCACCUGGUUUAAUCAAUCAUGAUGACGUGGGAAAUAAGACUGAAGGACCGGAAAACCCUCCAGCAGAAACUGAAGGUGAUGGUGCUUUGGAUUUAACUUAUGCCAAUAUUGGCCGAAAGGUCAUCAAGGAAGAGCCUGGGUUAAAUUUUUCAAAUGGGGAGUAUGGUCGAAGUAGUGUUCCUGCUGCUUUUGUCAGAGUGCCACCAGCCUUGAUCAAAGCUGAAGCUCCUGGAGAGCGACCCUUAAGCAAUAGCCCAUUUUCUGGACCUCCUGCCCUGUCCCCAGGGGUGGCCCCCUUGCUAGUGGCCCCACCUCGUCGCACUGCCAAGCAGCACAUUUGUACCACCUGUGGAAAGAACUUCUCAUCGGCCAGUGCUCUUCAGAUCCAUGAGCGCACUCAUACUGGUGAAAAGCCUUUUGCAUGUACCAUUUGUGGAAGAGCCUUUACAACCAAAGGAAAUUUAAAGGUCCAUGUUGGAACUCAUAUGUGGAAUAAUUCUGCCCGACGUGGAAGGAGACUAUCUAUUGAUAACACCAUAGCAUUGCUGGGUAAUGAUGUCAAGAAGGUAUCUGAGAUGUUUCCAAAGGAUAUAGUCCCUCCUGCAGUGAAUCUUGAUCCAGCAGUUUGGAACCAGUAUGCAGCUGUGAUUAACAAUGGCUUAGCAAUGAAGACUAAUGAGAUAUCGGUGAUUCAGAGUGGCCCUAUCCCUGCCCUACCAGUUCCUAUCAGUGGUGGAGGUUCUGUAAUGAAUAAUGCCCCAGUCUCCAAGAUAGAUGGGUCACAAUCUGGGAUUAGCCCUGAUGCUAUGGAGAAAGCUAGUGCUACUGACAACGUCCCAAAACAUCAAUUCCCUCACUUUCUGGAAGAAAACAAGAUUGCAGUAAGCUAAAAAGGAAGCUGGAAUGAAGAAAUACACACUUUAAAAAAAAUAUUCCAACCCAACUUCCUGGGCUUUGUUUUUGUUUUUCUUAUCUAUGUGCAAAUUGACUAUAGUUGUCUUUAUACUCUGGGCAGCUCUACAAUCAUGGUGUUGCUUUGCAAAAAAAAAAAAAAGAAAAAAAGAAAAACAGAAUAGGAGUUCUAUUUGGAAAAAUGCGGGUCUUGCAAAGUAGCUUUGUUGUUUAAACUAUAGGCUUAUACAAGCUAUAGGGAGUUGUACAUCCAAAGAUUAGUAUUGCCUCCAUUAAAGAUGCUGCUUAUGAGCUUUGUCAGUGAAAGUGAGACAAGCCAACCCCGAGCAGUAAUGGAAAAAACCAAAAAAACUUACUAACGUGGGCUACUGUUUAUGCGGGUAAAUAUUGUAGAAGGUCUGCCAUCCUUUUGUAGAUUUAGACUUGUUUGUGGGUUUUUCUCACUU